GAUGAGGAGGAGCGGCGGCGGCGGUGGCUGCUGCACCACCUCGUUGCUGCCGGCCGCGGCCCGGGCGCCCCCUGCUCCACGGAUUCCGGCCUCGCCACCCGUCGCGGGGACCUUCCCUCCGGCCUCGAGAAUCCAACCCCUGCAUCCCAACAACAACAAACCUCCCCCCGUCUCGCCCAGUCACCGGGGAGGGGGGGGACCAUGUCCCAGCGGGUGAGGCGCAAUGGGUCCCCCACGCCGGCCGGCUCCCUCGGGGGCGGUGCGGUCGCCACGGCUGGGGGAGCCGGGAGCCGCCUGCAACCCAUGAGGGCGACGGUUCCGUUCCAGCUGAAGCAGCAGCAGCAACAUGGCAGCCCCACGCGGAGCAACGGCGGCGGCGGCGGCAACAACGGCGGCUGCUGUGGUGGCGCCUCAGGCCCCUCAGGCGGCGUCGGCGGCGGGGGCCCGCGCACCGCCUCGCGCAGCACUAGCCCCACGCGCGGCGGCGGGAGUGCGGCCGCGCGCACCAGCCCCACAGUAGCUACGCAGACGGGCGCGUCCGCGACGUCCACGCGAGGAACCAGCCCCACGCGCGGCGCCGCGCCCGGGGCUCGCGGGAGCCCCCCACGGCCGCAGCCCCCGCCGCCGCUGCUGGGCACUGUUUCGUCUCCUAGCUCCUCGCCCACCCACCUGUGGACUGGCGAGGUGAGCACGGCCCCACCCCCAGCCCGCGUCCGGCACCGGAGAAGGUCCCCGGAGCAAAGCCGUAGCUCCCCAGAGAGGAGGAGCCCAAGCGCCCCGGUUUGCAAAGCAGGUGACAAAACACGACCACCAUCCUCAAGCCCCUCUAGUAUUAUCCGGCGCACUUCCUCUCUGGAUACACUUGCUGCUCCAUACCUUGCAGGGCACUGGCCUCGUGAUAGUCAUGGGCAGGCUGCUCCUUGCAUGAGGGACAAGGCUACACAGACAGAGAGUGCAUGGGCCGAAGAAUAUGCUGAAAAGAAGAAAGGGUCUCACAAGCGUUCAGCAUCAUGGGGCAGUACAGAUCAACUUAAAGAGAUUGCAAAAUUACGCCAACAAUUGCAGAGAAGUAAACACAGCAGUCGACAUCAUCGAGAUAAAGAAAGACAGUCUCCAUUCCAUGGCAACCAUGCAGCUAUUAACCAGUGUCAGGCUCCUGUUCCAAAGAGUGCACUUAUUCCAGUAAUUCCCAUCACCAAAUCAACAGGUUCCCGGUUCCGAAAUAGUGUGGAAGGAUUGAAUCAGGAGAUUGAAAUAAUAAUUAAAGAGACUGGGGAAAAGGAAGAACAACUUAUACCACAAGAUAUUCCAGAUGGCCAUCGUGCACCUCCCCCCCUCGUACAGAGAAGCAGCAGCACACGCAGCAUCGACACACAGACCCCUGGUGGGGCAGACAGGGGAAGCAACAACAGCAGCCGCUCUCAGUCUGUGUCCCCCACAUCCUUCCUCACCAUCUCAAAUGAAGGUAGCGAAGAGAGCCCUUGUUCAGCUGAUGACCUGCUUGUUGAUCCCAGGGAUAAAGAGAAUGGGAACAACUCUCCUUUGCCCAAAUAUGCAACUUCACCAAAACCUAACAACAGUUAUAUGUUCAAAAGGGAACCUCCUGAGGGCUGUGAAAGGGUCAAAGUCUUUGAGGAAUGCUCGCCAAAGCAGCUUCACGAAAUCCCAGCCUUUUACUGUCCUGACAAAAACAAGGUGAAUUUCAUUCCUAAAAGCGGUUCUGCCUUCUGCCUCGUCAGCAUCCUCAAGCCACUCCUUCCCACACCAGAUCUUACUCUCAAGGGCUCUGGGCACAGUCUGACAGUUACCACUGGUAUGACAACCACUCUGCUGCAGCCUAUUGCUGUGGCCUCCCUGUCUACAAACACAGAGCAAGACCGGGUCUCUCGAGGAACAAGUACAGUCAUGCCAUCGGCCUCUCUACUUCCACCACCAGAGCCAAUUGAAGAAGCUGAAGGAUAGGUCACAAGACUGUGUGGCCAUUUUUCUGGGCAACUGAGAACCUCCUCAGAUCAUUUCAUUGUGAUGGCAUCGCGCACUCCCAGUCGGCUGUGAUGUGCUCCCACUUCCCAUGGUGAUGUGUCACAGUAUGACUUCUGGAAGAAAGCAGCGCUCUCUGAUGGCUUUGCUCACUCAUGAAGGCCAGACCUCCUUGCUUAGCCUGCUUUUUCUGAAAGCACUGAUUGAAACAAAAAAGGUCUCAUUCUUUA